UUUCGACCUUGGAUGCAGGCCAAAGCAAAGGCAAAGCACGCACUAAAGCACAAAAUGCAGGGUAACUUGUGACGAUGUAGCGACGUCUCGAAUGGGAUAGUGACUCACAGUGGUGCUGCGGUGGAGGCGGCGCUUUUAUAUUAGGAAAUGUGUUUACAGUAUGGCCAACAGCUGUCACAAAGCCGCGAAGUGAAUCGUACGAACAGCGCUUUCUUUCCUGCGCGACGCCUGAUUGCGCAUCCAUUGAACGUGCCGUGAAACUUGAUAAUAUGAUCGAUUCCUGAGAGCCCUGCCCACAUGUCUGCCUUAGCAGAAGCAAACUGCCUAUUCGAAAGGGUAUUUACCUUUCAGAAAUCUAAUUCCUGGUGUCUUCCUUCUGAGAAAGCAUGGACCGUAGACGAGGCGCAGUGGGAAGUUCCCGCGCUGCAGCAGCUCAAAGCAGAGCUGAAUUUAACCAAGAGUCUGCUCAACUGCAUGGAACCCGUAGAAUGGCGUCGCCACACUGCGUGGACAAACCGUGCUGGUUACGUCUUAGCUCAAGUCCGUCGUGCCGCCAACCCAACGCUUCUCACCCAAGCGUGGUGCAAGUUUUACGAGAUACUACAUGAAUUUGGUGUAGCGGAGGCGGAGCCCCUCCGUUCUUUUCACCUGUGCGAGGCCCCAGGUGCCUUCAUUUCCGCGCUUCAACACUACUUGGAAGAACGAGCCGUAAACUGGUGCUGGUAUGCCACAACUCUCAACCCUUACUAUGAAGGAAAUAGCACAAAGUCAACGGUGACUGAUGAUCGUCUCAUUUUUAAUACUCUAGGCCACUGGUAUUUUGGUCGUGAUCAAACUGGUGACGUUCUUUCACCAAGUUUUUGCAUUGAUGACUUCAUGAAGGACCAGGAACUGUUUGACUUAGUUACUGCAGACGGCAGCGUCGACUGCCAAGAUGAUCCAGCGGAACAAGAAGCAACAGUGGCACCACUGCAUUGUGCAGAGGUGGCCAUGGCUCUUAAACUGCUCGCAAAGGGUGGUAACCUUGUACUGAAAAUGUUCACAUUUUUUCAAAGUUGCUCAGCUUGCCUUCUCUUCAUACUCAACUGUAUUUUUGAGGAAGUACACGUUAAAAAGCCCACAUGCAGCAAACCAGGCAACUCUGAGGUGUACGUCGUCUGUUUGAAGUUGCGACAGAACGUCCCAGAUGUUCUUUCGGACAUGUUGGUGAACGGUUCGUUUCGCUUUCCACUUCGCUAUUUGCCGAGAGAUUAUUUCGCGCAACUGUACAACUGUGCUCGUUAUUUUAAACAGCUACAAGAAUACACAAUUCAGGAGAAUGUCCACUGGUUCUCUAUGUCAAAGAACACUCAGCUGUCGGUGUACCUCAAGCAGGUCAAAAACGUGGUGGCAGCACUAUACAUGGAAAGGUACCCAUGCAAGCCGGCGUCAAAGCCCUUGCACGGCGUCACAAGAACACAAGGCGUCGUGGCAGAUUUCCGCGGAUGGAACGUUGUGAGCUUCGUGGAACGCAGCACGAAUAAGCAUUGGUGGAAGGACAACGUUGGUGCUAUAAUCAAACAGCUAAGUCAGUUCGAGAGGCAGGAGCAGCUUGACACGGCCUUUGCUCACAAAGAAUACGAUCGAGUCGUCCCGAAAGAUUCCUGGAUUGUCCGGGGCCGUCCGUACGAAAACGUCCGCAUUUCAAAGUUUUGCUCCCAACCCCUGCUCGAUCUCGCGUUGAUGCUGGGCUAUUCCAGCGAAGUAUCUAUGCAAAGCGCUUGUUCUGUAUCCAGAGGUGGUCCCGAGAGUAUGGAGAUGGACCUGACCAAAAUAGUGCUCAGGCUUCGUCACUCAGAGCAGCCCUAUCCACUAGCUCUGCGCUUACCCGAAACGCUGAGCCGUCUCUCAGCAGGUAUAAUUUUCCUUCUCAGUUCCGCAUUUGAAACUACCUCGGUUGAAUGUCCUGGGUGGCUGAAGACACCGUUGUGGAUAUUUGACAAGCCACGGCCAGGUCGGGUCGCAACUGUCGCGAGUCAUUUUGAGCAAGCGGAGGCUGUCGAAGGGGACGAGAAACAAGUCUUGUUAGAAGUCGUUCCGCUCGAAUAUAUGUGCCAAUGCCAAGAUUUUGCAGAUUUCCUCGUCUCCAUAAAUGACACGUUGUUAUAUCGAUGGAGUUCAGGUAUACUUACUCAAACCUCACCUUCAAAGUGUGACAAGGAUGGAACAAAGUACAGAAAUUAGUAUAAAGAGCACAUAUAUGGUGCCGAGAGGGCUCUCGGCGAACGACAUGUUGUACUGUGUAUUUCGAUGUUCUACGUUUUAGAGGUUUUAUAUGGGAAGCUUUUAAAAUAUGACUGCUGUUCUAGAGCAAAUAAAACAUCCGUAUAAACAGGAUUUUGAUGAGAAGACUAGAAGUCAAAGGGGCUGUGACACUUUGUUCUGUAUAGUUUGCUAUGUACCGCACACCAGAGCACUGAGCAAAAAAGCUAUUUUUAAAAAGCCGUACUUCGUUAACUAAACUGCAGCGUCUAGCUCUGGCACUGGACUGGGAGCCUCAACAAUUCCUAUAGGUUGUUGCAAGCAUACGACUGGAGGUGAUCAUGGAUAGGACUGCAUUCGCGUGACAAGAUCCGCGCUAGUUGAAAUAUGUGCUUCCGCACCUGUAUCGAGUAUACCUGCACAUCCGCAGUCAUUCCAUUUGUAAGAAAAAAUAUUUUCAGCAUGCGAACUUUCUCAGGAACGUUAUGUCAUCCAGUAGCAACAGCAGCAGUUAAAGGCACAGCAACGCAUGAGAUGGCACAUUGUGACACCACCUUGGAUUCGCUGCGAGCUUUCAAUUAGGGCUCCCCCUAGUUCUUGUUGACGGAGUCACUAAUGCUUAUUUGCUGGUAAAGUGUGGAUAUUUGCACUUACCACAGAGGCGUCUGGUUUUCAAAGCGCUUCAUUUUUAUCUGUAAACCAGGAUGUCACGCGGACCUGCGGAUAUAACAGCACCCACACAUACCUCGACAUAUUACCUCUUCUGCGGUUUUGUCAUUGGCAGAUGUGCCUGCCGUAUUGUCAAAGCUGGACAAAUUUCAGUAUUUACGGUGCCAAAUUUCUACGCGUCUGUUACUGCAUUUGCUUCAAAACUUGGAACGCAAGUUAACAUCGAGACAAAUGACUGCCUUUUAGAUUUGUCUUGCACAGCUUGAUGCAAAGUGUCAUAACCCCUUUAAAGGAAAGUGGCGUAGGGCCACGAUCCUUUCUGUCGCAGUUUUUGAGCGAGCAAUGUCAAAGUCAAGCAGCCUGUUGAUGUAGUCAAGAGAGUUGGGAAUCUGCAAUUUGGUGACUAACAUACAGUAAACCCUCGUUACGGCGAAGUCAACGGGGCACGGAAAAAAAGUCUAUAUACGUUGGAAUUCGGUAGAAGCGGAAGCGUCAUAGAAACUCUUAUGGUAGCAUCGGGAAAAAUGUGCAGAAACGCUUAAAACAAGCAUUCCAUCAGGCGAACAGAUAAUAGUACUGGAUAGACUGGCACCCUUUUAAAUCUGCGCGUAAUAAAAACUAAGAAAGGUAUAAGCCGCGAUUGCCAUACGCUAUAAAAACAGAAGCACACAGAACCGAAUCAUAAUUCGGAAUGAUAUUGCAGUCUUUUCUUAGAAGUUGAAAAUAGUGGGCGUGCGCCCCACUCUGUGGUCAGUUCACAAGUGACAACGCUAUUCCACAUACAGUGAUGCGGUGAAGUUCUGUUCAUAGCGCAUGACCUUUCACUGGCACCUGUGGCGUUACUAGAGGGGUGACAUGUACCCUAUUGACACCGCUGGCUAGGAUUAAUCCAGCUAAUUGAAUAGACUUCGGAUGGGGCAUCAUGAAGCUUCCGAUAAGGUUGCAAUUGUUUUUUUUUUUUUUUUUUUUUUUCAUUGACAGUUCAAAAAAGCGAUCUCGUUAUAACGAGAGUUUACUGUAUCUCUGUAAAUGAAUGCAGGAAUAUUGCAGCUUUUAACUGCAGAAUGUACGAGACCUGUCAUGUGGGUAUUUGUGUUGGGUAUCAAUAUAUUACUUGCCACUCAUGUCUAUAAGAAGAAGUCUUUUCGGGAAAUAUUAGCCACGAGAUGGUACACUUUAGGAAGUACAAACAUCUGCUGCACACUAGGCUGCUGUGUUAGGCAGCAUCAUCAAUACCGUCUGUUGUCUCUGAUUUCCACUUCACCUGUGGCCUGUUAGUGCUGGGUACUUGUUGGCAAAUUAGCAGGUUUAUAUGCUGAAAAAUGUCCUGCACAACCCUGUAUUACAGUGGUUUAUCCAAACCCCUCCCCCCCUACACCCCCCAAAUGUUCAGUGAUACCUCCCUAACUUUUUCACAUGUGUACCCCCUACAGGAGGUGCCCUUACGAGUUCUGCUUGAGGCCCAUGUCUGUAAUGAUAUGUUAAGCUGUAAUGAUGUAACUUUAAUUGACCCCCCCUCCCCCCAUUUUUUCUAACACCCCUCGAUGCUUGGGAUUCUGGAUACACCACUGCCCUGUAAGCAUCUGCUUGAGAUCUGACAGAAACAAAAGGUGAAUGUUUGGCAGUGGCAAUGCAAAACUUAACGACACAGUCUGAUGUAGACGACCUUGGUAAACAUGUCAACAGUGUCCGGCUGAAAAAAAGGGGAAUGUGAAUAAUGCUGCACAAAUAAGUCAACAGUAAACAGAUGGCACUGAAGCAGUUGGUGAUCUCAAGGUUGUGUAACUCGCAAAAGUAGAGCCACUUUUGUGAAGUAUAUUUUUUAUAAAUGUCCCAGGUGACUAGCUUCUACAAAUGACUUCAUUGGGCAAGAGCUGUAAUUGCACCUACUAUUGGCUCGCUAUCAGUGGCUGAAGGCUCAUUGUUUUUAUGCUUGUCAAAAGAAGCCCCACCAGUGUUCGGCUGUAGCAAAACGGUGUAACGAGGGCACUGCACGCGCCUCCUGCUAUUCGUGGCUGGCGACAGCACAAGAGUAGAGAGCAUGUAAUGUGACAGUGUAUGCAAAAAGGAAGAAUCUGUUUCUCAACUUCUCAACUUUGAUAAGGCCAUUCCAAACUGUUCCCUUAAGGUGUUGUGUGUCUUUGGUGGCAGUGUCGUAUCUUGUGAAUAGUGAGCUUUCCUCCUGGUAUGGUGCAUAAAAUUCGAAUAGAAAAUUUUUAGUCUCGUAAGUGUACCAAAUGACCCACUGACGCAAACGAUCUUGGCCAGCAGAUCUUGAGGUUGUGCAUUUUUGGUCAAGUUUAUGCGUAAUACUUGUCGCAUAAUAUUUUCUAUAAAAAUAUUUUGGAGCUUUUUUCGGAGCCUUUAUGAGAAUGGCAAAAGCGGUACCAGGAAGAAAGUGUGUGACACGACAAAGUAUUUUACGAGUAUACUGCUGGCUGCGCCAGUACUAUACUAGAUCCAUCAGCGGUGCUACUGUUGUUUGGUUGAAUUGUUCGGUACGUGUUACAGCUGUGAUACUAUACCGGAACCACAGCGCACUUUAUAUAUGAAUGUACUAUUUGUAUUGGUAGCCUUUGUAGGAUUGACUUCAACUCGAAUUUCACUUUACUGUUGUAGUCCAUUGAGCCUUUGUCACUGUUGUGUACUUUGUACUUCGGCAAAAGACUAAACAAUAUAUGUCUUACACCCUCCGA